AUGGAUCUGAAAUUCAAGGGCACCGGAAAAUGGAUUGGUAGCAUGUACCACAAGUUUGAGGCUAUGUGCCACGAGGUUGAUGAGUUUGUGACAAAGGUGAAGUUCUGUUCUUCUCGUUUCUUAGGUGCUAAAAUGCCUGCCUUCAGAGCUGACACUAAGGUGCAAACUGUUAAAGAGAGUGUGAGAAAUUUUUGUUCGGAUGUGUUGCAUGAUUUUCACCCUCCACCGGUUGAUUGUGUACAACCUAAAGAACAAGCAGCAACAGAAAAACAAGAUGGUGCAACAGGGAGCUCUAUUUGGUCUACAGUGGAUGUCGAUGGAAUGUCUUCCCAUUCUAAUGAAAUCCAGUCACCCGAGGAGGGUACAGUUGAUUGUACAAGCUUUAAUUCAAGUGCAGUGAACAGUCUGAGGCAAAAUUGUCUUUCGCAUUGUGCUGGUUUUCCUGAAGAUGAGGAAAGCAGCUCACAUUGGAAAAAAGAUACUGAAACAGCCUUCCCUAAAACUACAGAGACAGUCAAGAAGGAUAUUCGAGUUGAAAAUUACGGGGAUGCUAGCUAUUUAAGCUAUCCUAAAGAUAGUAUUCCAAGUGAAAAUUACGGGGAUGCUAGCUAUUUAAGCUAUCCUAAAGAUAUUAUUCCAAGUGAUUUGUUAAUAAGCAGCUUGGAGCAACAUCAGAUAACUACGAAUGUUGAAUCUUCCGAUAAUGGAAAUAUACGUUUACAAUCAGAGAUUCCUACAAGUCGGGAUAAGAUAAGCAUGGAUGGUUCAUCCAAAAAUACAAUUGAGGAUUUGGAGCUAAGGAUCUCCCAGGAGGAGAAGACAAAAUGUAAUAAAUCAGAUCUUUCUGAAAACCCGGAAGCUUGGUUUUCUUCAGAUGAAAUUGAUAAUACUCUAGUCUGGAAUGACUCAGAUUGGGUUGCUGAAGAGCACGUGAUGGUAGAACACCCAGAUUUUGAAAAUGUAAGUUGCUCUGAGGACAAAAAUUUAUAUCAGUUUUUAUGGGUAAAGGAACAAACACCAGUGGCCAGUGACCUGUUUUCACCUGUAGAUAAAACUACAGCUUGCUCAUCUUUGGCUGAGGAGGAUCCUACAAGUGCUACUCUUGUAAGGCAGUUGCCAGAAACACUGGUUCCUGAUGAAAGGAUAAGUUGCACCUCAAUGACAGAGAAAAUGAUGGAUGGUUAUGCUGAUCCGUCUGAGGAAUUAAAAACUAUCUUAUCUUCAGGACAUGGUGGUAUGGGCAUUGAAAUAAGUCUCACAAAGGAGCAUCAGUUGGUCAGUUCCAAAAUGGUCCCCGAGCAUCAGUUGGUCAGUUCCAAAAUGGUCCCCAAAUGUACAAGAUCAUCUGAGUUUUCAGUACAUUUGAGUGAGCAACAUCGAUCAAAUGCAGAAGUAAGUUCAGAGGAUGGUGAAAGUUUGCCUAAAAUAACUCCCACUUCUACCAAUAAGAACUUUGUGGACAAAUUUAUAGCAGAAUCUUCAUUAAGUGGUGAGUGUCUUAGGAUUUUGGAAGAUAAAGAGGGAGGUGAUUGUCGAAGAUGUUUCUCUGAGGAAGCGGAGACUGACCUGUCCUUAAAUAAUGACCAGUCAUGGGAGCUGUCAGAGUUGAGUCAUGAGGAUAAUGGCUUAUUACAGAAACAUGCAGUAAUGAAAUAUUCGGGUUGUUUAGAAGAUUUAAGUGACUUGUCUGUUCAUUCAAGAUAUCUGCAUAUGGGGAUUGAGGGAACAGAUUCUCCGAAAAAUGAUAGUUCAUCAAAAUCAUCUCUGAGGUCUGAGGCUGAAGAACACAUAACUACUGUUGCUCCUAACUUUGUGCCUAUGGCCACAGAUCAAAGUACACGCCUCAGAGCCUUAUAUAAGGAUGUCUCAACCCCGACUAAAUCUUGUAAUGUUUUGAGCAGCAAUAGUGCACCGUCAGAUAAUUUUUCCCCAAAAGUUUAUUCAGCACAUCAUGUAGUCGCAGCAGAAGAAUCAAGUUCUUAUUCAUCCACGGAAUUCUCACGCACUAGCCACAAUGAGAGAGCUGAGAAAAUGUGCUAUGAUUGUACUACUUCCAGUUGUUCUACCUCAGACUUGUCCAGUAUGUCACCUUUAAUGUUUUCUGCGUUGGUUUCUGAUGAUAAGAUAGAGACCCGGAUUCCUUCGUCUUCAAUGGCUGCCUCAUCAGCAGAUAUUGAAGAUGACUUGUCUGGUGAUACAGUGGACACUAAUCUGGUCACAAUCGAUCUUUCCGAUAAAGAAAAACUUGAUGGAAGCCAUUCGGCUGUCGAUGAUGAAUUGUUUUCUAUUCCCUCAUUUAGACCAAGGAAGUAUAGAUCAUACAAGGAAUUGAUAAAAGAGGCUUUUGCUUCAAGAAAUAGACUAGUGAAGGAGUAUAAGCAGUUGCCAAUUUGGUACGGAGACUUUGAUAAUGCUAACACUGGGCUUCCAGAGAAGCAUCUUUUACCCCCUCCAGCAUCACCAUCUGCAUCAGAGUCAACUUUAGCAUCGCCACAUUCACAUAAUAUUGGUGAAUCGGACUGGGAGCUUCUAUAA